UCCUAUUAUCUGGGCAUUUGGAGGUGAAGGGGUCAAAGCUCUGGCAAAGAUGGGGCUGAAAGGGCCUGGGCUCCAGCAAGGGGCGGCUCUGUAUGACCUGGUUCCUGCAUCCCACCUUUGCCCCCUAGCACCUCCUCUCAUCUCCCGUUUCUGCAGAGGAGGACCCUGCCACAUCUGGACAAUUCUGCAAGAACUCUGUAGAACUGACUUCACUGUGAACCAGGCAUUGUACAUCUCAGAAGUCAACAGAAACAAAAAUGCUCACAUUUAAUCACAAUGCUCCCUGGCAUACACAGAAGACUCUGAAAAUUUCUGAAUUUGGGAAAUCCUUUGGCACCUUGGGGCACAUUGGGAACAUAAGCCAUCAGUGCUGGGCAGGUUGUGGGGCCGGAGCCAGAACAGUCCUCUCCGGAGAGCCUGAAGCAAACAUGGAUCAAGAAGCUGUAGGCAAUGUUGUCCUGCUGGCCAUUGUCACCCUCAUCAGCGUGGUCCAGAACGGAUUCUUUGCCCAUAAGGUGGAGCACGAAAGCAGGACCCAGAAUGGGAGGAGCUUCCAGAGGACGGGAACACUUGCCUUUGAGCGAGUCUACACUGCCAACCAGAACUGUGUAGAUGCGUACCCCACUUUCCUCGCUGUGCUCUGGUCUGCGGGGCUACUCUGCAGCCAAGUUCCCGCUGCCUUUGCUGGACUGAUGUACUUGUUUGUGAGGCAAAAGUACUUUGUCGGUUACCUAGGAGAGAGAACGCAGAGCACCCCUGGCUACAUAUUUGGGAAACGCAUCAUACUCUUCCUGUUCCUCAUGUCCGUCGCUGGCAUAUUCAACUAUUACCUCAUCUUCUUUUUCGGAAGUGACUUCGAAAACUACAUAAAGACGGUCACCACCACCAUCUCCCCUCUACUUCUCAUUCCCUAACUCUCUGCUGAAUACGGGGUUGGUGUUCUCAUCUAAUCAAUACCUACAAGUCAUCAUAAUUCAACUCUUGAAAGGAUUCUGCUCCUCUUUAGAUGGCUGUAAAUCUAUCGGCCAUCUGGGCUUCACAGCUUGAGUUAACCUUGCUUUUCCGGGAACAAAAUGAUUUCAUGUCAGCUCCGCCCCUUGAACAUGACCGUGGCCCCAAAUUUGCUACUCCCAUGCAUUUUGUUUCCUCACUUAUCCUAUUCUCUGAAGAUGUUUUGUGACCAGGUUUAUGUUUUCUUAAAAUAAAAUGCAGAGACGUGUUUUAAGCUAA